AUGGCCCAAGGUCCUGGUCUGUGGCAUGAAGCUUUUUUGUUAAGCUCUGCUGAUGGCAAUAAUGGAACAGUUAACUGGACGACUAAGCAAGCCCACAGUUAUAUUAUCAGCAGAAUAAAGGCUGUUGAGAAGAAUGUGUACACGAUUCUGUCUAAGGUGCACUCUGAUCGGAAUGUAUACCCUUCUGCUGGAGUUCUUUUUGUUCAUGUUUUGGAGAGAGAGUACUUUAAGGGGGAAUUUCCUCCUUACCCAAAGCCUGGUGAAAUAAGUAAUGAUCCUAUAACAUUUAAUACCAACUUAAUGGGUUACCCUGACAGACCUGGAUGGCUACGCUAUAUACAAAGGACACCAUACAGUGAUGGAGUGCUGUAUGGCUCACCAACUGUAGAAAACGUGGGCAAACCAACCAUCAUCGAGAUCACUGCAUACAACAGACGUACCUUUGAGACAGCAAGACAUAAUUUGAUCAUUAAUAUAAUGUCAGCGGAAGAUUUUCCUUUACCGUAUCAAGCGGAGUUCUUCAUAAGGAAUAUGAAUGUAGAAGAAAUGUUAGCAAGUGAAGUUCUUGGCGACUUUCUUGGAGCCGUGAAAAAUGUAUGGCAGCCAGAACGCUUGAAUGCUAUAAACAUUACUUCAGCCCUCGACAGGGGAGGGAGAGUUCCACUUCCUAUCAAUGACAUGAAAGAGGGCGUAUAUGUUAUGGUUGGUGCAGAUGUUCCAUUCUCUUCCUGCUUACGAGAAGUGGAAAACCCACAAAAUCAGCUGAGGUGCAGUCAAGAAAUGGAGCCUGUAAUAACCUGUGAUAAAAAAUUCCGUACUCAAUUCCAUAUUGACUGGUGUAAAAUCUCUCUGGUUGACAAUACAAAACAAGUUUCCACCUUUCAGGAAGUCAUUCGUGGAGAGGGGAUAUUGCCCGAUGGUGGAGAGUACAAGCCACCUUCUGAUACACUGAAAAGCAGAGACUAUUACUCGGAUUUCCUAAUUACUCUGGCAGUGCCCUCGGCAAUAGCACUGGUGCUUUUUCUAAUACUUGCCUAUAUCAUGUGCUGCCGACGGGAAGGAGUGGAAAAGAGAAACAUGCAAACACCAGACAUCCAGUUGGUGCACCACAGUGCUAUACAGAAAUCAACCAAAGAGCUUCGUGACAUGUCUAAAAACAGAGAGAUAGCAUGGCCGCUUUCUACGCUUCCUGUGUUUCACCCGGUUACUGGUGAGAUUGUACCAGCCCUUCACACGGACACCUACGAUAAUACCAGUAUGCCACUGAUGCAAACGCAACAGAACCUGCCGCAUCAGACUCGGAUUCCACAGCAGCAGAGUGGAGGAGAAUUUCGUAUGACAACAUUUCAAAGAUUUGAGGUAAAUGGUAUUCCUGAGGAAAGAAAACUAACAGAAGCAAUGAAUUUGUAA